GGGCAGUGCACUAUAGAUGACUACUAGACAGAACUUUGCCAACUAUAGGUCGUUGACGCACCAAGACUUAAAGCGAGAAUAACAGAACAUAAUCACCCGGUGCUCAAUAAACUGCUCAGAGAGAUCCACUCGGUGUCUUCAGAACUUCACAUCCAAGACUUGCCGCUUGUUGGACAGCAUGUUCCUGGCCAUGUGGAUGCUAAUUCUGAGGGGUUGUGGAAGUGCUCGCCGUCAUGCGAGCUGCUGAGCUGGAUGUUUCAGAAGUCUCCUCCCUUUCUCAACAUAGUUCCUGUGAACCCACCACCACCUAUUAUACAGAGAUAGAGAUCUACUGUUUUCCAUCGCAUGUUAAUCUAGUGUUGCCAGGUCUCAGUCUGUUUGGCUGGCACAGUGAUAUAGGUAAAGACCUGCCCCUGGGGUGUAUCUGUAUACACUAACUACUCCAGUGCCUAUAAAUUACAAAGUGAAUUGGGCAUUUUUACAGCAGACUUAGGAAGGUGUCAUUCUCACAAUGAAUUUUCUACAUAUUUGUGCUGUGUUUCUGCUAGCAAGUAUACUGACAGAGUCAGAUUCUGCUCCCAAUCAUGGAGCUGGACAUGGACAUGCUGGAGAAGCCAAGGAUUUAACAGAUAAAGGAAUUACUUUAGAGGACUCAACUAUUAUGAAUUGUGCCAAAGAAGCCAAGAUGCUUGUGGACGCAGCAUACUUAAAGACUAGGGAAACUUUAAAGACACGAAUGAAAAAAGGAACUAUAAGUUAUCAAGAUAUGAUGGCAUUUAACAAGCAACCAGUAGGAAAAACUAGAAACAUCAUCCGAUCAGCAGAUUACAUGGAUGUGACUGUUCAACUUGUAAAUGAAGCUCUGAAAGCAAAACAUCAAGAUUCCGUGAAUGCCUCAGAUGCACUAACAGAAAAACAAAAAGUUAUUCUUUCUCGUCUGACUGGAUGUGCCUAUCAGCAUCUGCCACAAGUGUGCGACACUUCCCCCUACCGGACCAUCACAGGAGAGUGUAAUAACAGAAAGAAUCCUAUUCUUGGCGCAUCCAACACUGGUUACAGACGUCUUCUCAGCGCAGAAUAUGAGGAUGGUGUAUCACUGCCACGAGGCUGGACUCAAAGCCGUCCCAUCAAUGGGUUUACUCUACCAUUGACUCGGAAAGUGUCAAAUGAAAUUGUGAAGUUCUCAACUGAGUCACUGGUCUUGGAUGAAGGUAGAUCACUCGUGUUCAUGCAGUAUGGUCAGUGGUUGGAUCACGAUGUAACUCUCUCUCCUGACAUCCCUUCAAAAUCAACCUUUUUUAAAGGUGUUGAUUGUGAAACCAGCUGUGUGCAGGCGCACCCAUGUUUCCCAAUAAAGAUUCCAUUAAAUGAUUCUCGAUAUGUUAAUGGCGCUGAGUGCAUCCCAAUGUUUCGCUCAGCCCCAGCGUGCGGUUUGGUAACUCCAGUUCGUGAACAGAUCAACGUCCUGACGGCAUUUGUUGAUGGCAGCCAAGUGUAUGGUAGUGAACUCAAAGUAGCCACUGCGCUUCGCAACAACACAAACCAACUCGGUCUGUUGGCAGUAAAUCAGAAUUUCAUGGAUAAUAGUUUGCCAUUCCUGCCUUUUGGUGAAGAUCCAAAUGAUUUGUGUGUACAGACCAACCAGAUAUUAGGACUUCCCUGUUUCCUGGCAGGGGACACUCGAGUUAGUGAGCAACCUGGGCUGACAGUGCUCCAUACUGUCUUCAUGCGAGAACACAACCGUAUCGCUACAGAGCUGCAUGAAAUGAACCCAAAAUGGAAUGGAGAAAAACUAUACGAAGGAGCCCGCAAAAUAAUAGGAAGCAUGAUACAGAAAAUAGCAUAUAAAGAUUGGCUGCCACUGCUGUUGGGCAGUGACAAGGAAAAACUUGUACCCGAAUAUAAAUCAUACAAUGAAGAUGAAGAUCCAGCAGUGUCAAAUGCCUUCACCAACGCCUUCAGAAUGGGCCAUACCUUAAUCCAACCAUUUGUAUAUAGGUUGGCAGAAGGUUACGUUCCCUAUGAACCAGAGCCAGCAGUCCCACUCCAUCAGAUGUUCUUUGCCCCAUGGAGAAUCUUGACACAAGGAGGGAUUGAUCCUCUGAUGCGUGGUAUGAUGGCCAAUAAAGCCAAACUAAAUGCCCAGAACCAGAUGGUGGUUGAUGAACUGAGGGAUCGUCUCUUUAUUCAGAUCAAUCAUAUUGGUCUGGAUCUAGCUGCUAUUAAUAUGCAGAGAGGUCGAGAACAUGGAUUACCAGGAUACAAUGCAUGGAGACGAUUCUGCAAUCUUUCUGCACCACAAAAUGUAGAUGAAUUGGCCAUCGUAAUGAAUAAUAGAAAGCUUGCUGAAAAGCUAAUGGAACUGUAUGGGACACCUGAAAACAUUGAUCUCUGGGUUGGAGGAGUCUCUGAGCCUUUGGUUCCUGGAGGAAGGACUGGAGAGCUGUUAUCUUGUAUAAUUGGAGACCAGUUCCGUAGAUCUAGAGACGGAGAUCGGUUUUUCUAUGAAAAUCCUUCAGUAUUCAGUCCAGCCCAAAGAAGAUCAAUAGAGAGCGUGACUCUGGCCCAUAUCAUAUGUGCUAAUACCAACAUAAAACAAGUCCCUCAAAACGUCUUUCUAAGCAACAGUUACCCAGAAGAUUUCCUUGACUGCACUGAUAUGCCAACAAUGGACCUGCUACCUUGGAAAGUUCAGGAGACAGAUGCUGAUACUGAGAAAUCAUCUACACCUGAAGAAUAGUGACUGGAGGAUUUCCUAAAUUUCCUGCGGUUACCUAUGUAUUGCAUAUAUGGCUGAUUUCAUUUUUCUUUAAAGUGGUUUUUGUUAUUGCUUGUUACUGUUUCUUAGCAGAUAUAUUACAGAAAUGUAUUAAAGGCCAGCAUUUUACAUGCAGUUUUAACUGAAAACACAUUAUUGUACAAAUAAAUUUACCAAAUUUUUGGCUGACAAAGCCUCGCUCAUUUUUUGAUAAGGUAAUGUGAGACAUGCAAAGGAGGAAAAGUUGCAAAUUUUUGUAACUUUUGUAUGCCAAUUAGGUUAAUAAAUCCCCUCCCCUUAUCAUGUUUUCUCCCAUAUUUCUAACAAAAAUGUUAACAGUAUAUCACAACAAAAUAUUACAAAAAGUUGCCCUCACACAAUGUUUUCCUCUUGAUUUUUAGGCAAGUAUGUAACAUAAAGAAGUAUGUUUUCUACUAUACUUUUGCUAAUUUUAGAGAUAACAGAAUUUGUACUUUAUUAUCUAAUAAAUACUG